AUGUGCUUCUCUUCCGUUUCUGACAGAGAGCGCGGGGAAAUUUGACAGUCACGGAUUCAAGCGACAGAAAAAUAUUAAUUAACUUAUUUAAACAAAACGGAGCUUGUGGUAAUAUUUUACUGUCAAUAGGGGGUUGUCCCUUUGCAUUUUAUCGAAUAUCUAACCUACUUUUCGUGUAUAAAAUGAGAACUUUGGAAGAGGUGCAGGCCACUCUGCAGAUCGCCAAACUGAAAGAAGAUGAUCUGCAGAAAACUAUUCACUGUCUGUCUUUUGGAGAAAAUGUUUCAUCCGCAGACUACUGCCUGAUGGAACUGGAUGACACACUGUUAAAACACAUUGAAGCUGGGCAAAGUCUGGUGAUUCGUGGGGAUAAAGAUGAGCAUGCUGUGGUCUGUAGUGGUGAUAAGACUUAUGAUUUGAAAGUAGCUGACACAUCCAACCUGCUGCUCUUUGUGCCUGGAUGCAAGACUCCGGACCAGUUAACGCACAGCCAGGACAGCUGUCAUGUGAUGCAUGCUCAGAUCUGGGGUUUUAGUAACAGCUACUGGGAACUGAGGAAACGACGGCCUAAAGUUAAGAAGCUGAAGAAGCUCUUAAUGGAGAAUCCUUAUGAAGGACCCGCUUUAGGGGGACAGGAGGAGAAGACAGAGAACAGAUACACAAUGCUGGAUCUAUUGGAAAGGAUCCAGGCCAGUGAAGAGGAGUUAAAGACCCACUUAGAGACCAUCCAUGCCUGUCAAAUAGAUGGCUACUGGCGUGUGUUGGACUUUGACUAUGAGAUGAAGCUCCUUGGUCAUGUGACUCAGUUGGUGGAUUCUGAAUCCUGGCCUUUUGACAAAGUUCCCCUUCAAACCAGUCUGGAAGAGUUGGCUCCUCUGGAACCAAAAGAAAUGAUCGAACAUUGUUUAAACUGCUAUGGAAAACGCUACACUGAAAAUGAUGAAGUAUUUUAUGCACUGCAUGAAGACAAAGUCUGUCGAGCCCUGGCGCUAAUGCUGCUGCAUAAUGCUGUCAAAUUCAACCUGAGGGAGUUUCAGGAAGUCUGGCAGCAGAGUGUCCCAGAGGGCAUGAGCACCAGACUGGACCAGCUGAAGAGCGUGGCCCUGGUGGACCGGACCUCCCGUCCAGAGACCAUCUGUCUUCUACGUGUGGAGGAUCUCCCAGAGGACACAUUGGAGCGCUUUAACCAUCUCUUCACGAUCAGAGAAAAAUGGACAGAAGAUGAUAUCACACCAUACAUACAGGACUUGUGUGGAGAGAAACAGACCACCGGAGCACUGCUGACCAAAUAUGCUCGAUCUUCAGUUCAAAGUGGGAUCAAAGUGUUUAACUCCAGAAGGCCUGUGGCUACAUGAGCAUGUCCGUUACCUUCAUAUUUGGAAUUUUAUGUGUUUAUCUUUAUUCCCAAGUUCUAUGAAUUAACAAAGACACUUCAAAAUGUCAAUGGCACUAACUGAUCAUUAUUUCAGCUUUUAUAUUUCUGUAAAAAUGCCUGAUGAUGAUAAUAAAGUAAGUUUGCAUAACAUCAGAUACAUAGUUUUGUCUUUCAUCUAUUUUGGUAAUUAAUUUAUUAAGUGGAC